AUGAAAUGGAAGCAGACACCACAACGGUGUCCAUCACCACUGAACUCUGACAUUCCACUACAAGUCCGGAUGGAACAAGAAAAGCUCAGACAACGGUGGAGAAUAAAACCUUGGGAAACGCCAAUUGUGGCACCCAUCAUUGAACUUCCAGUGGAGGAACUUCUAGGCCCUAGUGAAUACUUUGGACGGUACCUUACUGAAGAGCUGUUUGAGUUAAUGGCUGUAGAGUCUAAUAAGUAUAGCUUGAUGACUGCAGGUAAAGAGCUAAACACUUCACUAUCUGAACUAAAAAAGUUUUUUGGGAUCCAACUGAUCAUGUGGGUACUAUAA